AUGAAGGCUCCCUUCUACGACAGCAUAAGGACGCAGCAACAAUUGGGCUACAUUGUCCAGUCUCAAUCCGACCGCAUUGGCAAUCUUGCUCGCGUUCUACUUAUUGUGCAGAGCAGCGUUCGUGAUCCAAGAGGACUUCUGCAAGCCGUGGAUGAAUUCCUGGUGUCAUUCCGGGCCAAGUUGGCCUCGCUUACAGAUGGACAGCUGCAGCCAUUCAAGGCGUCGCUGAAAGAGGAGCUGCUGCGUCCUGAUCAACGUUUGGCCUCGGAGACGGGCCGCUGGUUCGGAGAAAUCGCAGGCUUUCAAUACAACUGGCGUCGACGAGAGGAGGAGGCUGCUUUGAUUGGACAGAUUUCCAUGAAGGAUCUUCUGCAGUUCUAUGAUGAACGAAUAGCAGCAGGAGGCUCGCUGAGACGGAGAGCCAACACAGCAGUCUUUGCAAAUUCUCCAAAGCGAGCCGAAGCCAUGAGAGCCAUGAAGGAAGCAUAUCCAGAUGCCCAGGUUGUCGAGGAUCCCGUGAAGUUCGGAGAGGCCGCCCCCAAGUGGCCAAUCCGUGAUCAAGAGCUGACCAUGAACGUAGCACGUGACUGGGUUGGCCACAGCUAG